GGAUUUUUCUUUAAAUAGUAGGAGAGGACAGGCAGUUCUGCAUAUCCAGCGUUCAAACCUUAACAGGUUUCAUCUUCUUCUUUAUCCUUUGUUUCUCUGCAAGCAAAAGGAAGAGAUUUCUGCAUAAGCCAUGGGAACUCAAGCUCCGGAUUAUUAUGUCAAUAACAAUACUGAUCAAAAGUUAGCCAAGCAGAAAGAAAUCGAUGACUGGCUUCCAAUUACCUCAUCAAGGAAUGCAAAAUGGUGGUACUCAGCUUUCCACAAUGUCACUGCUAUGGUUGGAGCUGGUGUCCUCAGUCUCCCCUAUGCUAUGUCAGAGCUUGGAUGGGGUCCUGGUGUGGUUGUAUUGGUGCUGUCAUGGACUAUCACUCUCUACACUCUAUGGCAAAUGGUAGAGAUGCAUGAGAUGGUUCCAGGAAAACGGUUCGAUAGAUAUCAUGAAUUGGGUCAAUACGCCUUCGGAGAAAAACUCGGUCUCUACAUUGUGGUGCCUCAACAACUCAUUGGUGAAGUUGGUGUGUGCAUCGUUUACAUGGUUACUGGAGGAAAAUCCCUUAAGAAGUUCCAUGAUACCGUGCACGGUACCGACAACUCCUUCAAACUCACCUACUUCAUCAUGAUUUUUGCCUCUGUGCACUUUGUUCUGUCUCACCUCCCCAACUUCAACUCCAUAUCUGGUGUCUCCUUGGCAGCAGCAGUCAUGUCCCUUAGUUAUUCUACAAUUGCUUGGGGGGCUUCAGUUGAAAAGGGUGUUCAGCCGGAUGUGCAGUAUGGCUAUAAAGCUAAGAGCACAGCUGGAACAGUGUUUAACUUCUUCAGUGCCUUGGGUGAUGUAGCUUUUGCCUAUGCUGGACACAACGUGGUGCUGGAGAUCCAAGCAACAAUCCCAUCUACACCUGAGAAGCCAUCAAAGGGUCCUAUGUGGAGGGGAGUCAUUGUGGCCUACAUAGUUGUGGCCCUGUGCUACUUCCCUGUUGCUUUGAUUGGAUAUUGGAUGUUUGGUAACUCUGUUGAGGACAACAUCCUCAUCUCACUGCAGAAACCUGCUUGGCUAAUUGCAAUGGCUAACAUGUUUGUUGUUGUUCAUGUUAUUGGGAGCUACCAGAUCUAUGCAAUGCCUGUUUUUGACAUGAUAGAGACUGUGCUUGUAAAGAAACUGCAUUUCAAACCCAGCAGAAUACUUCGGUUUGUUGCACGUAACAUCUAUGUUGCAUUCACAAUGUUCAUCGGCAUAACCUUCCCUUUCUUUGGUGGCCUUCUGGGAUUUUUCGGAGGAUUUGCUUUUGCCCCAACAACAUAUUUCCUUCCUUGUAUAAUGUGGCUUGCUGUCAAGAAACCAAAGAGGUUUGGCUUAUCCUGGUGGACUAACUGGAUCUGCAUUGUCAUCGGUGUUCUAUUGAUGGUCGUAUCACCUAUAGGAGGAUUAAGGCAAAUCAUCAUUCAAGCUAAGAAUUAUCAAUUCUACUCUUAAUUGUAUCCCAAACCAGAGGAAAGUAGAGUGCCAUACAAUACAACAAGGAAAACGUGAAGAAGACAAGGAUGGAGAUGAUGAUGGGAAGAGGAUUCAUCGGGUAGUCAGUACGUCAACAGGGUGUUUCUGCAUUGUUUUUCUGUGGACAAGAAAACAGAAACUGUUCGCAGCAACUAAAACAGAAUUCUCCUACAAUCUAUCAGAGUUUUCUUCAUUUUUUUUGCUUGUGUAUGCCUGUUCACACGUAUAAAAGUCAUUACUUCUUUGAGUGUUGGUGAAAGGAUGUUCUGUGUUUCUAAAUGUUAUACAAACUGAUUAAAAUGAAUGCUUGUACUCAAU